AUGAAUUUAUUGCCAAGUGGAAUAUUUUUUUAUUUAUCAGUAGCAAUGUGCUGGCUGACCUCCCAUGUCGAUGCGUCUUGGUGGUACAUGGGCACCAUCGGAUCGCAGGUGAUGUGCGACAACAUCCCCGGGCUGGUGAACAAGCAGCGACAGCUGUGCCGCCAGCAUCCCAAAGUCAUGCAGGCCAUCGGGGCCGGGAUGAAGGACUGGAUCGCAGAGUGCCAGUACCAGUUUAAAAACCACCGCUGGAACUGCCAGACCAUGGCGAGGGACCACAACCUUUUCGGACGGCUCCUGCUACGCAGCAGCCGGGAGGCGGCCUUCGUGUACGCCGUGUCCUCGGCGGGCGUGGUCCACGCCCUGGCCCGCGCCUGCAGCGGCGGCCAGCUGGACUCCUGCUCCUGCGACCCCACCAAGAAGGGCUCGUCACGGGACGCCCAGGGCGCCUUCGACUGGGGCGGUUGCAGCGACCACGUGGAGCACGCCGUGCGCUUCAGCCAGGCCUUCGUGGACGCCAAGGAGCGGGCAGAGCGGGACGCCCGCGCCCUCAUGAACCUCCACAACAACCGCGCCGGACGCAAGGCGGUGAAGCGCUUCAUGACCCUGGAGUGCAAGUGUCACGGCGUGAGCGGCUCCUGCAGUCUGAGGACGUGCUGGCUGGCCCUGGCCGACUUCCGGCUGACCGGGGACCACCUGCGGAGGCGCUACAACGGCGCCGUCCAGGUGGCGGUCGACCAGUACGGGGCGGGCUUCACGGCGGCACACGCGCACCUCAAGCGGCCCGGCAAGAACGACCUGGUGUACCUGGAGGACUCGCCGGACUACUGCGUACGCAGCUUUGAGUCAGGGUCCCUCGGGACGGGCGGGCGGGUGUGCAACAGGACGUCCCGUGGCGUGGACAGCUGUGAGGUCAUGUGCUGUGGGCGGGGCUACGACACGUCGCGCGUUAGCCGCACCACCAAGUGUGAGUGCAAGUUCCAUUGGUGCUGCGCCGUGCACUGCCAAGACUGCCACCUGCAGGUCGACCUGCACACCUGCAAGGGGCAGACGUGA